CAGAAUGAUCUUACCCAAAACAGGAAGUUGACUGUUGCUCGGUAGCCGGCUUGAUUGUUGUGUUAGGGGAUGUCUUUUUGUUUUUUUUUGUUUUGUUUUGUUUUGUUUGAGCGAGAUGUUUUAACACAAUAAACGUAUGUGUCAGUCGCUUCAAGAGUUUUAAAAAGAAUUAAAAAAGUGUCCGUGUGUGCACCUCUUGGUAUGCAUCUGUGAGGACCUUAAGACCCGAUUCCGUAAUGGAAGCGAAUAAUGACGUCGCCCUGGACAUCAUCAUCACCAACGUGGUCUCGGUUUUUAGGACGAGGUGUCAUCUAAACCUCCGUACCAUCGCACUCGAAGGGUCCAAUGUCAUAUACAAACCAGAAGUCGGGAAAGUUCUGAUGAAACUAAGGAAGCCCAGAAUUACUGCUUCAAUAUGGUCCUCGGGAAAAAUAAUCUGUACCGGUGCUACUAGCGAAGAAGAAGCAAAACUCGGUGCCCGCCGAUUAGCCCGUUGUCUGCAAAAACUAGGAUUUAAGGUGAAAUUCACAGCCUUCAAGGUGGUGAACGUGCUAGCUGUGUGCACCAUGCCCUUCCAGAUCCACCUGAUCAAGUUCACCAAGAACAACAGACCCAUUGCCAGUUAUGAGCCAGAGCUACACCCUGCUGCAUCUUACAGGAUAAAAAACCUGAAGGCUACGGUACAAGUCUUCUCUACCGGUAGCAUCACAGUAACAGGUCCAAACGUCCGACAUGUUGCCAUGGCGGUUGAACAGAUUUACCCGCUGUUGUUCGAGUGCAAAUCGACUCCGAGAUAAAAGAGAGCCACUGCCAUUUUUAACAUGACAGCGACCUUCAAGUGGAUAUAUAUUUUAUAGGCUUUUACAUUGUUAGGUUGUGACAGAGGCAAUGCACAUGUGUGGAUGGUCAGGUGAUGUGCCGAGUGGAAGCUGAUAGGUCACCGUUCUGCGGUCCUCACUGCUAGUUCAUGUAUGAUGUGCUUUUAAGUGCAGGCAUGUGGAUUUUGAUUUGUGAUGUCACUAUGUUUUAAUGCAUGAACACCAAAGAUGACCGUAAGACAGUAUUUCACCAGGUCGAAGCAUAAUCUGUUCAGAUAACUUAAAAUCCACACACUUGCAAACACCACAUACGACAGUCAAAAUUACUCCAGUAUGCUGUAUCUGUGGAAGUUGGAACAACCUGCAAGUGAGAUUUGUGUGUUUGGUGAGUGAUGUUCUAGAAUCCACUUGACUGUUUCACAUUGGAGGCAAUGAUUUUCCAGGUGUAUAUGUAAUAUGUUUACUUUUGUAUUUUGUACAAUAAAAAAAACAUUGAAACAA